UCUGGAGCGAGAAUCAUCAGUAAAAAAAAAAAAUCGUUUAAUAUUUUAGCUAUCGAUAGGCGCCCGUUAUUAAUACGGUAGUAGGAAGCCAUGCCGGGCAUAGAGAAGCUACCGAUAGACGAGACGUUGGAGGACAGCCCUCAGACACGUUCUCUGCUGGGUGUGUUUGAAGAAGAUGCUGCAGCCAUCUCCAGCUACUCCACCCAGCUCUACCAGGCCAUGCAACGAAUCUAUGAUGCUCAGAAUGAGCUGAGUGCCGCGACCCACCUGACCUCCAGACUGCUCAAAGAAUACGACAAACAGCGUUUUCCUCUAGGGGGUGACGAUGAGGUGAUGAGCUCGACUCUGCAGCAGUUUUCCAAAGUCAUUGAUGAGUUGAGUUCCUGUCAUGCUGUCCUGUCCACCCAGCUGGCAGAUGCCAUGAUGUUUCCAAUCACUCAGUUUAAAGAGAGAGACCUCAAGGAGAUCCUGACUCUAAAGGAGGUCUUUCAGAUUUCCAGUGAUGAUCAUGACGUGGCCAUUAACAGAUACAGCCGUCUGUCCAAGAGGAGGGACAACGACAAGGUUAGGGCAGAGGUGGUGGAGGAUGUGUAUACUUCCAGGAAGAAGCAGCACCAGACCAUGAUGCACUACUUCUGCUCCCUCAACACGCUACAGUACAAGAAGAAGAUUGCCCUGCUAGAGCCUCUGCUGGGGUAUAUGCAGGCUCAGAUUAGUUUCUUUAAGUUGGGCUCAGAGAAUUUAACACAACAAUGGGAGGAUUUCCUGGGAACCAUUGGAACCAGUGUCCAGAAUGUGCGUAGGGAGAUGGAAGGAGAGGUGGGCGCCAUGCAGCAAACCAUUCAGCAGAUUGAGAGGUCAUGUGAUCCCCUGUAUGCACCGUGUGACCCAGACCCGGCCCACACCCCUGUCUGUCGAAACCUUACCCGCAAACAGGGCUACCUGUAUACACGCAAUAAAACGGGGCUGGUGUCAUCCUCGUGGGAGCGUCAGUAUUUCUUCACGCAGGGGGGGAACCUGAUGAGCCAGAGUCGUGGCGAGGUGGCGGGGGGUCUGGUCAUGGAUAUCGAUAACUGCUCCGUCAUGGCCGUCGACUGUGAUGACCGACGCUUCUGCUUUCAGAUCACCUCCUUCGAUGGAAAGAAAGUUGCCACGCUGCAGGCGGAGAGCCGUAGAGACUGCGAAGAGUGGAUCUCCACCAUCAACAACAUCUCCAAGAGGAUCUACCUCAGUGAGAACGCAGAGGAGCUGGCAGCCAGAGUCAACCAAUCAGCUCUGGAAGCCGUGACACCAUCCCCAUCCUUUCAACAGCGACAUGAGAGCAUGAGACCUUCUGCUCACAGUAAGGGGCGUGCAGGGCGUACAAGCAGCAUUAGCUCAGUAGGCUCAGAGACAUCGCCUGCCCUCUCUGCUCUCUCAUUGGAUGCCCUGGUUGCUCCAGACACACCCAUCCAGUUUGACAUCAUAUCCCCUGUCAGUGAGGAAUAUGCUGGGCAGAGCAAGACCUCAGGAACCACUGGCAGGAGGAGUAAUCCGUUUGGAGAGUCAGGAGACACUCCUUCAGAAGACAGCGAAGACUCCAUCCUACACCAGCUGUUCAUUGUGCGUUUCUUGGGCUCCAUGGAGGUGAAGAGUGCCGAGUCCUCGGAGGUGAUCUCUGAAACCAUGAGACAGAUCCUGGCGGCUCGCGCCAUCCACAACAUCUUCCGAAUGACCGAGUCACACCUGCUCGUGACCUGCGACUGCCUUAAGCUCAUUGACCCUCAGACACAAAUCACUCGACUCAGGUUCCCUCUGUCCAGUGUAGUGCUAUGCGCAUCCCAUCAGGAGAACAGGAGGCUGUUUGGUUUUGUCCUGCUGGCGCCUGUCGGACGGGGCGACAGCCGGGCUGUCUGCUACAUAUUUGAGUCAAACAAUGAUGGAGAAAAGAUCUGUGACAGUGUGGGCCUGGCCAAGCAGAUCGCCUUCCACUCUGAGAUGGAUCGUCAGGAGGUGGAGAGGAGGAAGGAGAAGGAUAAAGCCAAAGAGAAACAGGAGGAGGAGCUCAGUAAACAAAGGCAGAUAGAGAAGGAUCUGGAGGAGCAGAGUCGCCUCAUCGCCGCCUCCAGUCGCCCUGUCAACCCCCCGGCCUCUGAUGGACAGUUCCUGGUGCUUAGCAACAGCCAAUCAGAAGAUAGCGAUGCUGGGGAAGAGGGGAAGAAGAGGGGCGAGUCGGAGGCCUAACGAACAAACUUGGCAUGCAUGUUUUCAUUGCCCGGGGAAGCCUAGUUGGGUGGAACGUUAGCAUUACUGUCAAGGGAAAAGAUUUUUAUAUAAUUUUAGGGGGAAACCCUGCCCCCACCGGGCCGCCUGGUGAUGGAGAACAUGUGCUUCCUCCGCGGUGGACUGUUCAGAGGAAAGCCAAACGCUAGCAGCCUUAGCGGACUUGCUUAACCGGACAAUAGAGAGUAAAAUGAACACGCCUCCUUUUAAGGAGGAGUACAAGAGACAUGUGAACAGUUGAAAAGGGUGAAUGUCUGGUCACAGACUCCUCCUCUGCCGUCUGUGAAAAUCCUUUGUUUUAUAUCGACUCAGAUAUCCAGAAAAAUAACAAAAUUCUAGAUUAACCCCAACAAGUUUUUGUUAUUUUCUUAUUUUGUAAUUACUGACGACGAAGUGACACGGCAGAGAAGCUCUAACGACUAGCAGCAGAAUAGGAUGUGUAGGAGACGGUUCGGACCGGAAGUAUAUUUUUAACUUUUCUCUCGUUACUGACCCCAGGUUGUGUUUCAGCCCCGUCACACGUCAGCUCACUCUCCUCUGCGAGCGGCCCAGUGUCGGCCGCUGGGAGCUGUGGAGUCCAGCCUGCUGUGUGUUGAGGUUUGGUAUGGUUUGUCUGAAAGCGUCCUGUUUGUAUAUAAAUGUACGUAGGAUAUCCUGCCAACAGUAUGACCCCCCCGAACUGUAAAGAGGCCGUUUGAAAUCUGCUAUCGGUUUAAUGACCAUAAUCUGAAUUAACGGUCUAAUUAGUCUGUUUUGUAAAUUGAUUAUUUUAAAUGUCGGUCCAUGGUUCUCUGAAAUUAAGUCAGCAGUCCCUUUUCUCUGAAGUAUGGAUGUGAGGCGUGGGGGUAGAACCGUCGGCUUUGGAGGGGGAGGGGUAACAAGAAACCUCCAUAUGGAUGAUAGAUAUCAAAAAAUCACCACUUUUGAGUUUAACUUUAAUCCUAAAUCGCUGAAGGGAAUUAUUAAGUACAGUGUGUUUCUGUUGCACAAAAAUACUUAAAAAUGGAAGUCAAUACCAAACUCACUACCAACGUAGUUACUCCCCCUUUGGCUAAUUGGUAGAAUAUUGUCCCCAAAUGUUGCUUUUGUGUCAUGGCUUCAAAGGCACACAUGGCAACGGCCACCCUGGUUACCAUGGUUACCGUGGCUAAUUGAUAGAAUGUUGUUCCAGAAUGUUGCUUUCGUAUCAUGGCUUCAAAGGCACACGGGGCAACGGCCAUCUUGGUUACCAUGGUUACCACGGCAAAUUGAUAGAAUGUUGUUCCCAAAUGUUGCUUUCGUAUCAUGGGUUCAAAGGCACACGGGGCAACGGGCACCUUGGUUACCAUGGUUACCACGGCUAAUCGAUAGAAACUUGUUCCCAAAUGUCGCCUUCGUAUCAUGGCUUCAAAGGCACACAGGGCAACGGCCACCAUGGUUACUAUGGUUGUCAUGGUGCCACCUCAGCAUCAGUGCAGGGUCAUCUUGUUGCCCAGGCAACACCUGAAUCAACAUUUGACCACUUGUUGCUCUUCUUAGCUGCUCAAAAACUGCUUGCUGCAACCAUGGGAUCGCUAGUCAUUGAUUGCUAGUCUAAUUCACACUGAAGUCAUUUCUCAAACUCUCAUCCAGAGACGUCCAGGCAGAGUGACUGUAGAAUGAGAUGCCGUUCAGAUACCAUAAAAACGAGAGACAAUAGUACAGAGGUCAGAGGUCGCAGCCAUUUAACAAUGUAAAGGGAGUAUAAAAUAAUAAGGAUUGCCUUUUGAUUCUUGGUGUUUUUGGUUCGGUUUCAGCGGGAAGGGUCUUUUAGCUGUUGUAAUCUGUUGAAGGAUGUGAUUUUUCUCAUAUUUCAGCCACGGGAGCUGCACUUUGUCUCCUCAAUGCAAGAAACCCCCCCCCCCCAGAAAUAAUCAUGUUUGUAGCUGUAAAUAUCUAUCGGUGAUUGCUGUUGCAGUGUCAUGACUUACGAAAAGGCUUUUCGGUGAUGAGAA